AUGAGCCCCGCAGACGAUCCGCUAGAGUUGCAGCAGUCGCUCGUUGAGAGCGCGCUCCCCCUGGUGUUUGAGGCCUACGACGAGGCCGUGGAGGCGGGCGUCGCCGCGCCGAUUGUUGUGCUGGUCGAUUGCGAAGACGAGCUGGGCGGCGAGAUCGCCCGCGGUUGGCUCGGCGAUGACGCCAUCGACGACGCCAUCGCUGCGCAGGUUGCCUCCGAGGAUGCGCCGGACGAAGGCGACCCGACGACCGUUUUCGCUAGGGCGAUCGCCUGGGACGACGCCCGCGAUGACUUGGCGGCGGCUUUCCCGUAUUUGAAGCCGAUUCUCGACGGCAG